GCAACAGAAUCCGUAGAAGAAGAAGAUGGUCCGUCGUCAGAAGAAGUCUUGUGCCUAUUCUGAGAUAGCUAAGUGACAUUACUGGCUGGGUUGUGCUAUUUAAUCUUUAAACGUAUUGUUGUGUGUUGUUUUGUUAGCGGUAUAAUCAAAAUGAUCCUUACCGUAAAACCUCUUCAAGGUAAAGAAUGCAGCGUACAGGUGACUGAAGAUGAAAAGGUGUCCACAGUGAAAGAGCUUGUGUCAGAACGUCUCAACAUACCAGCAAAUCAACAGAGGUUACUCUACAAAGGCAAAGCACUUGCAGAUGAACACAGAUUGAGUGAUUAUUCCAUUGGGCCAGAGGCUAAACUGAAUCUAGUAAUCCGUCCGGUGGGUGAGAGGACCGGAGCCUCAGGAACAGCUGCCAGCAGCAGCAGUAGCAGCAGUGCACAACCAGGAGUAUGGCAGACUGUCUCUACUGUCCUUGCAAGACAUUUCAGUCCUGCAGACGCAGCUAAAGUCCAUGAGCAGCUUAUUAAGGACUAUGAACGUUCACUUCGACAACUUAGCCUUGAUGACAUUGAGCGCUUGGCUGGAAGACUGCUUCACCCUGACGGCGAAGGCAUGGACACAUCAUAUAUGGACUAAGAAUAAACACUCAGCUGGAAGUUGCUUUUUGUGAUGGUCUUUGGAAAGGUGCUCAGUGCUCGGAGAUGCAUACAGUGUUUAGAAAAAUACAGUAUCAUUUUUCUUGCAGAGAGCCCCUGGUGUGUGCUUAUUCAGUGGCUGGGUGAACAUGGAUAAUGCAGACUGUUGAUUAUCUCAGCUAUAGGGCUGUCUUAUCCAGGACCUGCAAGCUUGGAUAAGAAAAUCUGCCUCCUGAAUUGGUCCACGUCAUUGAUUAUGCAGUAAUGACACAAGACCUGAUGACUAUUUGAAUACAAAAGAACCCAUUUAUGCCGUUUGUUUCACAUGAUCUCCAGCUGCUGUUGCUCCCAAGGGAAACUAACUUCUACUGGAGUAUAUUUAUUAGUAAUGUCUGUGUUGGAUGAUGACUGGGUGUUUUCUGUUAACAAUAUGUGCAAAAGUUAAUACAUGUUUUAUCCCAUAACUAACUGAUGGUCAUUGUAUGAUUUGUAAAUAUCAUGUUUAUACAGACAUUAAAACACAAAAACAAAGA